CUCUGAAAAUUAAUCUUUAAUUUGUUUUUUUCCCUUAAUGGUUUCCACGUAAUUUUGGGUUCAACAAACUACCAUUGUAUUUUAGAUAUAAAUAAUAAACAAUAUCUGAAAUUCACUUGGAAAAGAAAAUGGGUGUAACUGUUGAUCCAGAGAAAAGGGAAAAAAAUGAAAAAAAUGAUACGAUUAUUGAGGACGAAGAUGAUGAAGAAAAUUCAAUGAUUUCUGCGGCUGUUAGCUCAGAGGAUGAUCCAACAUUAUCAUGUUUGACAUUUAGGUUUUGGGUAUUGAGCACGUUUUUCACAUCACUUUGCGCGGCAAUAUCACAAUUCUAUCAUUUUCGUCCAAAUAAUGGAGAUUUUUCGCCUUUUUUUGUGGUGUUUGUAUCUUAUGUUGCUGGAAGAUGGAUGGCAAGAGUAUUACCAACACGAAAAUUUCAAAUUUUGCGAUGGAGCUUUAGUCUCAACCCAGGACCAUUCAAUAUCAAAGAACACGUUUGUAUAUUUGUAGCGACGGGUGCUGGCGGUGGUUCAGCUUACGCUACGGAUAUUAUUUCCAUACAAGAGCUUUUUUAUCAUCACUCAAUCAAUUUUGGUCAAGGGUUUCUUUUGCUUAUGAGCACACAGAUUAUAGGGUAUGGUCUCGCGGGAUUUCUUAGAAAAUAUCUUGUUCAUCCACCAAGUAUGAUUUGGCCGUCCAAUCUUGUAAUCGCGUCCGUGUAUAAUACACUUCAUGGCAGCAAGUCUGAAGCACGUGACAGACUUCGGAUAUUCGUUAUCGCAUUUUUAAUCAUGUUCGUUUGGCAAUUCGUACCACAGUACAUGUUCACUUGGUUAACAAGUAUGGCUAUAUUAUGCAUAAUAGCUCCAUAUAGUAGGAUGAUGAAGAUAUUAGGAAGUGGUUAUCAUGGUGUAGGGAUCCUAAAUUUUACAUUGGAUUGGAAUGCAAUUGGACAACCCGGGCCGUUAUAUACUCCAUGGUGGGCUCAAGUAAAUUAUUAUGUCGGUAUAAUUAUUGGUGUAUGGAUCGUUGCCCCGCUUUUAUAUCAUUUUAAUUUCUUGGAAGCACAAAGAUUUCCAUUUACAUCCACACUUCCUUUAGACAAAUAUGGACAAAAAUAUAAUCAGACAUUAAUUAUUGAUAAGACAACUGGAUUUUUAAAUGUUACAGCUUACGAUAAUUAUAGCCCAGUAUAUUUAUCGGCCACCUUUGCUGUUAAUUAUCUGUACUCUUUCAUUUCGAUUACCGCAGUCAUGAGUCAUGUGUUCUUAUUUCAUGGUAAAGAUAUUUGGAAAAUGUUCAAAUCUAGUCGAGAAGAAAAGAGACAUGAUAUUCAUUCCAAGUUGAUGAGCGUUUAUCCAGAAAUUCCAAAUACUUGGUAUUCUACAAUAUUCUUCAUUAUGUUAUUAAUCGCAAUCGUACUUGGGUAUACGACGGAGGCGAAUUUACCGUGGUGGGGAUUGCUUAUGGCUAUAGGAUUAUCAAUAAUUAUGGUGCUUCCAAUUGGUAUAAUUCAAGCGAUCUCAAAUAAUCAAAUUGGGUUGAAUGUGUUAGCUGAAAUGAUUUGUGGUUACGUCCUCCUUGGCCGGCCUAUCGCCAAUGUAUACUUUAAAUGUUAUGGUUUCGUAACAAUGUAUCAAUGCCUUCUCUUGGUUUCCGAUCUUAAACUUGGUCAUUAUAUGAAAAUUCCUCCACGUUCUAUGUUUAUUUCUCAAUUAUAUGGUACAGUUGUCGGAGGUUUUAUGAAUUAUUGGGUUUUAAGACUUAUUAUUUCUUCAAAACGACAAUUUCUUGAUGGUACAAUGGAAGAUCCAACCGGUCAAGUAUCAGGGUAUCAUACACAAGUUUUCAAUACAGCUUCAAUAGUGUGGGGUUUGAUUGGACCUGCAAGAACAUUUGGUCCGAAUUCCCUAUAUCACCCGCUUCUUUGGGGUUUUUUAAUUGGAGUCUUUGUGCCAAUUCCAUUUUAUCUAUUACAUCGAAAAUAUCCGAAAUAUAGAUUUGAUUUAGUGAAUGUACCUUUAAUUUGUAAUGGAUUACAAUUAAUUCCUGAAUCUUAUACAAAUUUUAUUAUUAUGGGAUUCUUAGCAAGUUUUGCAAGUCAAUUCUAUGCUUAUAGAUACAAGAAUAAAUUAUGGAAAAAAUACAAUUAUGUGAUUUCUGCAUCGUUCGAUAGUGCAUCUCAAAUGGUCAGUCUGUUUAUAUUCAUAUUUUUUAACGGGAUUAUCCAGAUUAAAUUCCCGGAAUGGUGGGGAAAUAACCGAGAAUCUCAGGGAGAAAGAUGUUUUGCUGCAGAUUAAUAAUAUUUAUUCAUUAGGGGGGUUUUUUUUUUAAAAAAAAGGACAUUGAGAGUUUAAAGGCGUGACAUGGAUCUAAAAGCUCGAUUUUAUUUAUUUUAUUUGCAAUCUUUAUUAUAUAUCAUAUGUAAGAAUAAACAAUUUACAGAACAGGAUUUAUAUAA